AUGCCUGUAGUCUGGACAAUAGAAAGGGCAAACACUUUUUGGGAUAGGCGCAAUUGCAACCUUGUUUUAAAGGAAAACAACUUGUUGCAAAAAAAAGCUCAAAUGCUCACCGACAGUGAAGAAAGAGCAACUUCGUUAGAGGCGGAAUUUCAAAAAUUUGUAAGCGAAAAUCAACAUAAAUUUACACCUGCUACACUGCAGUCUACAAAGCAUGAAAAAACUGUUUCCAAUCUUAAAUUUUGGAUAGAAUUCUCUUCCUGGACAUUUUGUAGUAAGUGCAGCUCUUUGCAGAGGGAAAAAUUGUUGCCGCGACAUGAAAAACGACCUGAAACAAAGUUUUCCAAAAAAUGCCCUUGUAUGUCAGAUAGAUACCUUGUACCAGAUUUUUCUGUUAUACCUGAAUGUUUAAAAUGCCUUACCUUUCCUGACAUCUGUAUCAUACGCCCUUUUAUAUUACAUCAAGGCGAUUAUGUGCGACUCCAGCAUGGAUAUCAGCAAAAGAAUGGAAUAACUCGCGUUUCAUGGAAGGAGAAAACGGUAAACCUUUGUAUUGAACAAUUACAAGAUGAAACACAAAAGCAAAGGUGCGCCAGUGCUUAUGCAUUUUUGAUCGCAUGUACGGAAAGCUCAUAUCGCCAUUUUCUCGAAUUGCACACGCGUCAUUUAGGCGAAAAUAAUAAACAAGUGAAUAUAUAUAUGCUGGCAGAAUGCAGAGGAAUAGAAUGUGCUCUAUGGCCACAUCUGUAUCCCUUUACGAGUUGGUGCGAAACUACUCUCACCGGUCAACAAAGUCGACUAAGUAGAAAGAUAGGUUUUUUAACAAAAGUAUUGUCGGGAAUUGUUCACUACUCCCUCGAGUAUGAACUCUUGCAGUUCCAUUAUGACCUCUGGAUUUUUACAACAGUUAGUGGAGCAUUAUCAUCAGGCCGCAUAAUGAGAUGUUCCCCCGCUAGGGCUUUGAACGCAAAAACCUUUUCAACAGGUUAUUGGAAAAUGCAACACAGGUUGCUGCUUGACGCUGUGCAUCAAUUCGGUUACCCGUCCUUAUUCAUAACAAUAAAUCCAUACGAGUGGACUUUUCCAUUUCCAAAAUGGCUGUCUAACAUUCGUAACAUGACUGGACGAGGUCCUACAGCUCUAUCAGGAUUCGAGACAAUUCACAUUGCUCACGUUCUUGAACAAUUGGUCAGAGGUUACUUAACAG